UAUUGAGGUUGAACGUGCCCACAUUUUUUAAUUAUUCUGACAUGCUGAAAAACCCAAAUUAUUGCUGCUUUUUUGGCAGUAACUUUACCAACAGCACUGCCCGCGUACACCAGAGGGGAAUCGAACAUUUACUGGAGAGCAUUCUGCUCUCUUCACAGAAACCAGACCAGGUUAAAAACUGACUGAUGCUCAGUCUGACUGCUGAUUGUUUAGCUUGAGAACAGAAACAAUCAUGAUGAGACUUGAGUUCUGCCAACAGAGGGCAGCAGAGAGCUGUCUCAUCUCACACCCAUCAGUUCUGUUCAUCAAACUGACCAACAGAAUCUGUUUAUAGACGCCAUCAAACAUUCAGGAAUGGCUUUAUACAUGUGAAAGCUAGAAUAACCGACCAGCUUCACUGGAAAACCAGGAAAUAAAUUCAGCAAACUGCAGUUCUCAAGUUGAGUCACCAGAGGGCAGCGCAGUGAAACCAGGGCUGGAAAAAAAUUUAGUGACAAUUUUUUUAAAUGAUAAUUUAUUAAUUUGAAGAUGUUGGUUUAACCCAGACAGAUUUUUAUUUAUUGCAUCUAACUGCAAUCUUCACUGCUCACUCAACCAAAGCUGAGUUGGAAACUGUUAUUUUAUAUCAUUCAAUGCAGAAACAAACAGCCACUGAUUUCCACUGCGCAGCAGAAAUAUGUGAAAAACAAAUGAGACACACAGCAGGGCGGUGCUCACAGACCUAAAACUCCACCCAGUCUGGCUUCAUCUCAACAUCUAAAGGACCAAACAUCCUCCACUCAGACAUCAGACAAGCCCAGUCCACCAAUCAGAGCGGCUCCAGGCCGAGGCCACGCCCCGCCGCUGUAUAAGAGGAGCCGACCUGCAGCCGGAGCUGCACGUCAUUUACGUUCCCAGACAAACCAGAUCCAGAUCCGAUUCCUGAUGGUGGUGGAGGUGAACCAGCAGAGGGUGGAGGCCAACAUCCUGCUGCUGGGGGCGCACAGCGUGGGCAAAACCGCUCUAACCGUCAGAUUUCUAACCAGACGGUUCAUCGGAGAGUACGGCGACAUCGAGUCGAUUUACAGCCGAGUGGACCGAGUCGAUGGUCAGGAAAUCUGCAUCAACAUCUGGGACUCACAGGCAGGCGGGAAAAGCUGCUCCAUUAGUGACAAGCAGCUGCAGUGGGCUGACGGGAUGGUCCUGGUCUACGACAUCUGUGACCGCGCCAGCUUCCAGGUGGUCCGCCAGCAGCUGCAGCUGAUCCGCCGCAGCAGGAAGAUGUCGACGACGCCUGUCGUCAUCGUGGGAAACAAACGGGACCUGCGGCACCGCCGCAGCGUCUCUGGCGAGGAGGGCCACCUGCUGGCUAUGACGGAGCGCUGCGGCUUCUUCGAAGUGUCGGCGGCGGAGACGUACCACGGCGUGCUGCUGGUGUUCCACCGGCUGGUCGACCUGGUCAGGGAGACGCGGGCGCUGAGGAAGAGCAUGGCGGGCGUCCGAGGCAUCGUCCGGAGCGUGUCGGCGGUGUUCGGGAAGAAACGGGCCGAUUGAAUCGCCAGAGCGUUUUUACCGGUUUAGGUGAAACAGAAGCAAGACUUCCUGUCCGAGUCCUUCUGAGGCGAGCCGGGCUGGAAAAGGUUCAGAGAAUGAUUCUUUGUCUGAAAGUUGAAGUUGGAGACAUAAGUUGUGUAGCAAUAGGAAGCUGGAAAUAGAAGCGUGGGUGGAGGAAGAGACGGAGGUUGGUUGAAGUUGUUCAGAGGAAGAAGGUGCUGCUCCAGACUGAGGACCGGCUGAACAGAAUGAAGCUGAUUUAUUGGUGCUUGUUGUGUUUUAAAGAAACCACAUCAAUAAAAACAGCCAUGAGCUCUGCAGGCAGCAGGUGGCGCUAGUUUCCAGUUGUUAAAGGGGUGGGAAUGAUAUAACCCACAAGAAUGUUGACGGAUUCUGACUGCGAUCAGCCGUAAAUGUUUUCAUGUUUGUUGUAAAAAAUCAGUUUAAACCAUGAAUAAAAUGAGUUUCCCAUCUG